CUCCCCGAGGAGGCGAGGCCCAGCCCGAACCCGCCCCGGUCCCUGGCUCCAAGUCCGAGGGGCGGAGAAGGGAAAGAGGAAGGGGGAAGAGAGUGGGAGAGCGAAAGCUGGGAGAAAGAGGCCGGGUGCGCUGCUGGAAGGAGGCGGGGAGCCGGGAUCGCGCGGGUGCCCCGCCGCUGCCCGCCAGCUGCAGGUGGAGUCCGCGGAGGCAGCCGAUUCCGCAGCCCCAGGCGCUGCCACUUCUUCCCCGGGGCCUUCCUCCAGGCCCCGAGGGAGCUGGCGCGGGGGCCCUCGGGGCUCGUCCAUCGUCCCGCAGCUGCGCCUUGCGCCUCGCCUCGCCCAUGGCUGAGGGCCGGCGGUGGGAGGACGAGGAGGAAGAGCUGGGGCGCCGCGCCCGGGGCCGGGCGCUCUCGGGCCACUCGGCUGCAGGGUGGUGAUAGUGUUCUAAAAUCAUGGUGAUGGUGACUGCAGAACUCUGUAAAUUUACUAAAAAUCAUUGAAUUGUAUACUUCAAGCAGAUCGCAACGAACGAAAUAAACCAGAGCAUCGUUCUUCAAGCCAAGGACCCUUGUCAUCCAUUCGAGCGGUAAUCAAGAGAUCACUCAUGAAUAGUGCACAGCAAAAAUGCCCCGUGGGAGAGCUUCUCGGACUUCUAUACAGAGUGAGCUUCAUCGAGAUAGGAGGCGCCCGGAGAUCACCAUUGUGGCCGCUGAGCCACUGAGGCCAGCCUCGUGGUUUCCAGGAGCCCCAGCCCCAGGAUUGGCAUUUCCCCCACCCUCUGCAGCAGGCCCUUGGAGGCCCAGGGAGCUGGUUCCUGCUGAGCUCCCACCAUCUUAUGAACAAGUCAUAAAAGAAAUCAACCAAGUUCAAGUUAAUACUACAAAUAACAAUAAUGCUGCUGCCUCUCCAAGGCACACUAUUACUUCUGCAACUCAGACUGACUUUUCAGAAGAAAUAGACAACCACCUGCCUCAAAGUAAUGCAACACUGCAGGCACCUCUCAAACCUCUUCAGCCUGCCCCAGGGGCCUCAGCCAGUGAUCUUCCCACAAAUGUGGCACCUUUAAUAGUCUUUGACUUUUCUGAGGAACACACUUGCCCAGAAAACUCCAAUGCUACAAGAUGUCCAGUGCCAAAACCAAGAUCAAAAAGCAACCUCAGACCAGUAGCCAGAGAUUCUCACAUUAAAGGGCAGAAUCUCCAGAAAAUCAGCUCAGCGGCCACCGAAGAGGAGUCAGCCCCAAGCCGACCCCAGUCUCUGUUGGACAAUACCAGCGACUUGGACAGUCAGGCAGGGAUGAACAUUAUGAACACAGAACGAAGCCAAAAUAGCAUUGUUUCAAGGAUCAAAGCAUUGGAUAGUCAGACAAAUACGGAAACUUCUGAGCUGCCCAAGAAACCAGAGAUUGCUCCCCGCUCACUCCCCCCGAGGCCUGCUGUUCCCUCAGGGAAACCCUCUGUGGCUCCCAAACCAGCUGCUAACAGAGCUUCUGGAGAACUGGACUCCUGGCAUGAAAACAGACGCAAGGUGGCCUCAGGGGAAGGGCCCACCCCACACUCUCCACCGCAAGAAGUAGGGAGCAUCCCAGUAACCAAACCUGAAUUGCCAAAGAAACCAAACCCUGGCCUUACACGAAGUGUUAAUCAUGAGACUCUGGGGGGAAGGCCUGUGGUUGAGAGCCCUGAUGGCAGGAAGAGAGUCCCAACUCCUGCUCCUCGACCUUUGCUGCCGAAGAAAUCAGUUUCCUCAGAAAACCCCAGCUGCCCCGCUGCUUUGCUGAAACCAGUCACUGUUCCUCCCCGACCCCCAGUGGCAUCACAAGCCAAAGCAUUCAGGUCAUUGGGUGAAGGAGCCUCAGCCAACCCCGCAGCCCCAGGUCUGCAAAGCAAGCCUCUGGGGGACAUCGACCUCAUCAGCUUUGAUGAUGAUGUUUUACCCAUCCCACCUGGGAAUGUGGUUGAAGACUCUCUUGGUUCAGAGAUGGCUCUGGAUCCCUUCCAGGUCCCCAUAAAGACAGAACCAACAAAAGAACCAGCAGUUCAACCAGCACCCACCAGAAAGCCCACUGUGAUUCGAAUUCCAGCCAAACCAGGAAAAUGUUUACAUGAGGAUCCACAAAGCCCACCUCCUCUCCCUAUUGAAAAGCCUAUUGGAAACACUUACAGUACAGUAUCUGGAAAACCCAGUAAUGUUGACAGAACUAGAGACUUGGAAUCCGACCAGGCUGGUCAAAUGGGAGGAUCUGUGCGAGGACCCCCCAGGCUUCCACCAAGACCUAUAAAUGGAAAAGUCACACCAGCUCGACAGCCUCCUCCCAAGGGGGCCCCUGAAAGACCACCUCCCCCGAGAGUUUCUGCAUCCAGAACAUCAAAUAAAAAACUACCUUUUAAUCGGUCUUCUUCUGACAUGGAUCUUCAGAAAAAACAAAAUAAUAUGGCUUCCAGACUCACAAAAACCAAGAGUCAAUUUUUUAAAAGUGAAGAUCCGGUGCUACCCCCUCGCCCUAAACCAGGACACCCUCUCUACAGGAAAUACAUGGAUCCAAGCCACACUCAGAAGCCUGUUGACAGUAGUGCUCCUCAUGCUGUCAUUCUUCAUGAUUUUCCAGCAGAGCAAGUUGGUGAUUUGAAUCUCACUUCUGGAGAAAUUGUUUAUCUUCUGGAAAAAAUAGAUACAGAUUGGUACAGAGGGAAAUGUAGAAACCAGACUGGGGUAUUUCCUGCCAACCAUGUCAAAGUAAUUAUUGAUGUUCCAGAAGGAGGAAAUGGGAAAAGAGAAUCAGUUUCAUCUCAUUGUGUUAAUAAAGGUCCAAGAUGUGGCGCUCAGUUUGAAUAUAUUGGAGACCAGAAGGAUGUGCUAAGUUUCUUGGAGGGAGAAAGUAUUGUUCCUAAUGAGUAUGUGAAUGAAGAAUGGGCUGGAGGAGAACCUCGAGGCAGAACUAGGAUUUCCCCCCUUAACCUUGUGGAACUCGCUGAGGAUCAACCCACCUCUGGUACAAAUGUUUUCAGCACAAAGGUACCACUGAAGACCAAAAAAGAAGAUUCUGGAGCAAAUUCUCAGGAUAACGGUCUUUCUGGAGAAUGGUGUGAAGCUCUUCACAGUUUUACAGCAGAGACCAGUGAUGACUUACCCUUCAGGAGGGGAGAACGGAUCCUGAUCCUACAGCGGCUAGACUCUGACUGGUACAAGGGCAGACUGCGAGACAGGGAGGGGAUCUUCCCAGCAGUCUUUGUGCGGCCCUGCCCAGCUGACAUGAAAAGUAUGUCUCCUUUAGCACUGAAGGGGAGGAAGGCCAAAGCCUUGUAUGAUUUCCAUGGGGACAAUGAAGAUGAGCUUUCCUUCAAGGCUGGAGAUACAAUAACAGAGCUGGAAUCUGUAGACGAUGACUGGAUGAGUGGAGAACUAAUGGGGAAAUCUGGAAUAUUUCCCAAAAACUAUGUUCAGGUUUUACAAGUCGGCUAAAGGUGAAGCUUGACUGUGUCCCUUGGCACAAGAACUAUUACUUUGACUAUCAGAUACGGUUUCUUUGCACUAUUUUUUAAACUGAAAGAAAUAUCUAUGCUGUAAUGGUACACUAGAAUUUUCUGAAAGUAGAAAAUGUCUGGAUUUCAUCACAGUAGAAACGUACACAUGAAAACCCCUGAGCAAGUAUUCUACCAAGGAAAACAUCAGCAGUAUGAGCAAGACAAUUAAACACUUCCCCCAGGGAAAGUGCCUGGUGACAUGGCAGCACAAGGAGGCCUACGCGCAAAAGCUGUGCUUUAACAUCUAUUUUCAUCAGCAAAAGUCAAUUAAACGUGCUUCUUCACUUUUUUUUUCUUUUAGUUUAAAAAGAGGACAUUCAAUAUUCUACAUGCUGUAACCAUCAAGACAUGGUUGGUAAUCUAAAUUUUAUUUGUGAUAUUCAAAUUAAUUCUAACAGCUUGAGCACAUUUCCCUUAUUAUCAGGGCAAAUCCUUGUUUCAGGAGGGGGUAGUUUAUUAACUAGUUGGAGCCUGUGUAAGAAUGUGGAGAAUCAGCUCAUGCUCACCAAAUGCUUCUGGUGUUAAUAAGUAUUUCCCCUUUGUCCAAGAAUUUGAAGGGGAUUAAAAUUUGAAGCAUCUUAGUCAAAAGAACCAAAACUAUCCUGAGAUGCCUUGCUAAUAUGACUAACUCUUCCACAUACUUGCUGUACUUACUUCUUUCCUCCAUUUAUAACUUUAUACAGGGUUGUUAUAAAGCACAUUUUCUGAAUCUGCAAUCAUUCUUUUGACAAUUACUGGUACCCAAAGAAAAAUUCAUUUUCUUUGUGUUACCCCAGUAAUAUAUAAAAGCUGUGUCUUGUUAUAGUGAUACAUUAUGAAUCACAUUAUCCCAAAUACAGAGUAACUGUUAAGAUGGAAAACAAUGCCAAGCCCCACAGCUCAUUUCUUCCCAAUAUAAUCAAAUGAAAAAUAAUUUAAGACUGAAGGCUGAUACUUUUUGUUGUUGUUUUUUCCCCAGCUCAUCCGUUCACAAUUAUAGAAUAAAUAAAAAAUUAAAAAUUAAAAAAAAAACCACUUUCCUGCUAUAUCCACUGUUACGCAUGCCAGGCUUAAGAUAAAAGCAGUUCUUCAUGCCACUGAAUCAAUUACAGUUUAUGGCAGUGAUGGCGAACCUAUGACACGCGUGUCAGAGGUGACACGCGAACUCAUUUUUUUGGUUGAUUUUUGUUAACUGGCAUUUAAAUAUAUAAAAUAAAUAUAAAAAAUAUACGACUUUGUUUUAUUAUGGUUGCAAAUAUCAAAAAAUUUCUAUAUGUGACACUGCACCAGAGUUAAGUUAGGGUUUUUCAAAAUGCUGACACGCCGAGCUCAAAAGGUUCGCCAUCACUGGUCUAUGGGCUAAAGCCAAACAGGUUCAAGACAAUCUUCCAAACAGAUCAAUGGAAUAGAAUUUCAUUGGAAAUGUGAAACACUUUCCCAACAAUGUUCAUGACUCUCUUCGAUUUUUAAGAAGAAUUUCAUAUACAGGGCCACUUUUUAGCUUUUAUUAUUGUUUCCCAUUGUCCAAAAAAUUAGGCAGCUAAUGGUCAAACACGAGAUGGUGUUCUCUAAGGGAAGAGUUAUUUACUUCAUCUUUGAUUAAAGGUCAUCUGCCAGUUAUGUGGUUAUAAUUGAUAUGGGGGGCUGUUUCUUCUACUUGUUUUGGGUAAAGAAGACAAUAUAAAGAAAACUCGUGUCAAAUUUUACUCAAGUAAUUUCAAGAGAAAUGGGACUUAAAGCAUUAUCCCAAUUAAAUUCCCGUUUGUAGCAAGCUGUGUAAUAAGCAGGGUGUGUGUCUGGAAAAGGACAUGAGGUACACAUAUUUGCCUGUGUAAUUUUAACAUCUUACAUUAAAAAAUCAUGGAAACUUAGCUUUAUUGGAGAAAAAUAUCCUCUUAAAUUUUGGCAGUCAGCAGAAUGAUAAGUGCAAUAGUUGUAAAUCUACUUGACAUUAUAAUAAACUGAACUUUUCAAAGUA